GCACGGCGUCUAUAAAUUGUACGAACAUCGCCCGAGUAACUCUAAGCUGGUCGCAGUGUAAGAGCUCAAUGGUGCUUCUUAACCCAAGAAAAAACUAUGCAACAGCGAAUGACACAAUCUAAUAUAAUGCUGAGUAAUGCGAUCUAAAAUGCAUGAAUGGUUCCUUCGUCAUUAAUACGUAUUUAUAUCCGAAAACUAAUACAAAACAUCGAAUUAAGGCAAAGUAAUCCAAGAUUAGGAUUAUUGAAUCUGUUUUAGGAGUGAAUGCUAGGUCUAGUUCACCUAGUCUUGUAUGUAAUUACUGUCCCAUUGAAACUUUUAGUGGAGGGAUAGUAAAGUAGUCUUCUACAUUCAUUUAAGUUGUUGCAGUGGAAUGCCAUGCAGCCACCAAUGGACAGCAACCAAAGCUCUGCAACGUCACGUCCGCCUGUGCCGUCUGCACGGCGGAGACUGCGGCAGAUGAGAAACGAGGGACUGUCGGACAAUGACGUCAUGCUGAGAAGGCAGGAAAGCAGACGACGUCUGCUACGUGAACCCGACCCGUCCGGACGGGAAGGAAAUCAAGCACCGGUUGCAGACGACAAUUCACGCGCUCGCGGUGAUAGUUCGUUACGAGCUGAAGCAGACGAAAGUUGCAAUUCAAGAUCUGAGAUAUACAUAAGAGAAAAAAAAUGCGAUAAUACUCGUGUUUCUCGUAGUCAUGGGCGCACCAGAAAAGAUGGUCAUGAAACGGACCGUUUCGACCAAUCGCAACCAGAAGAUGAUUCCGUGCAGAGUUCCGAGGAUGGGUCGCAUGAGAACAGGAAUUCGUACGCUACGGAACAGAACAAAUACUAUCCUUCAUUUAAAUACGGACAGCGCAAUCAGCGAGACAGCGAUUGUGAGAGCGUCGUUUCAAGUAAGUCCAUGCCUUCUAGCAAACAUAGCGACGCGUCCCUUGAAAAUGGCGUUUUGACGAAUUGCGACGAUGUAGAUGUAAACGGAGUUGUUUAUCAUCGAAAUAGUUCUCUUGUCCGAAACACAGUGGAGGAUAAUGUUUUCGAAGGGAGUCAGUCAGAAUCCGACAGUUGUAAAAGUUUCAAAGUCAAUCGAACUAAAUAUGUUAAUGGCCAUAACGCCGCUCAAUAUACGAACGGACAUGUAAGGGAAGAGGGCAAGUCUGAAGUUUCGGUGAUACGUGCAAAAAGUGCGCGGGAAUUGGUACAAAAUCAAGAAUACCUGAUACAAAUGCUUCAGAAGAUGAACACAGAUAUAUCCCGGAUGGACAGAGAAGCGAGUCGAAUAAAGGAAGACGUUAUAAGAUCUAAGCAAUUGUUUCAUGUCGCGGUAAAACGGAAGGAGGCUCACCAUCUGCCGCUGUCUAUGGAAGGUUACAACAUGUCGUACUCCAUGCCGCGGAUAACUUACCAUACGCAUCGAACCGUCAGUGAUAGCGCGGCGCCGCUGCGGUAUUUGAAUCGGUUUACGAAUUACGGAAUCACCGGAAGUGCCUCGUCGUCCAGGCGAUCUAGCGCGAUGUCAUCGCGGAGUAGCUUCAGAUCCGGAUCUCUCGAUCGGCGUAGUAACAGUAGCUUUCGGCUCGCUCGCAGCAGCAGUCGGGAGUCAAGUUUGUCGCGCUCGGACUGUUAUGAUUAUGACAGCGACGUAGGGUCCGAAAGUUCUUUGACCGAUACAAGGGGCAGACGACAGUCCAGGUGUGCGGGGUACGCCUCUGGCGUUUUCCGUCAAAACUCAACAGACGCCAGGGAGGACCUGGGAAAUAGUUCCGAAUGCGAAUCCACGUGUAGUGAGUCUGUUCCAGACGCAUACAGGCUUGCCGGGCGGAGACAGAGUUAUUUCUACACUAAAAGGAGAGAUACCCCGCCGCUAUACCAAUCCGAGUCUGUGGACCUUUAGUUUACAGCAAUUACAGAAGUAUAUCGUCUAGUGCUCAUCAAUGUUGCUAGUUCUCAGGUUUGACUAGUGAAUACGUCUGUUUUCAUACACUUCUCAAUUGCUUUCACAUUUAAAGAUGCGUCUCAUUCUCUACACAGACUAAAGAAAAUUACAAGUAGUGAUAAACCAAGUAAUGAAGAUCUUGAAGAUUUUGACUAUGGUUUUCAAAAGGUGUAUCCAAAACUGCUGUUGCUUUUCUUAUGUGCAGAUUCC